GGGCGGGCUGAGGGCGGCCCCGGGGGCAGGCCGGCCGGGGAGGCGGAGCGGCCCCGCUCCCCAUUAAGGGCGGCGGCGGCCCGCACUGCCCGGCGGCCGGGACGGGCCGGGCUGGGCCAUGGAGGCGGCGCGGGGCUACGUGGGCUCGGCGGUGCGAUCUUUGGUAUCCAUGGGAGCAUCUGUGGGAGCAGUAACAAAACAGACCCUGUUCCCUCCUCUCAUGCCUGCAGGGCGACCUUUCCGUGUGUCAAAUGCCUCCAGAAGCAGCCGGAAAGGAAUUGUUGCGAGCAGUCUGCAAGAACUCAUCAGCAAGACUUUAGAAGCCUUCCUUAUAACUGCUGGAGUAGUUACUCUCGUUUUGGAAGAAGAUGGCACGGUUGUGGACACAGAAGAGUUCUUUCGGUCCCUGGAUGAUAACACACACUUCAUGGUCCUAGAAAAAGGACAGAAAUGGACACAAACAAGAAAUGGAGUCGUCCCUGCAAGACAAAAGAAGAAAAUGGGAGUAGCUAACAUCACGUUUGAUCUGUACAAGCUGAACCCUAAGGAUUUUAUUGGCUGCUUAAAUGUGAAGGCGACUUUCUAUGAGAUCUACUCUGUGUCUUAUGACAUCAAAUGUAUGGGAGCAAAAAAUGUAUUGCGGAAGGUGCUUCAGCUGAUGUCCCACGCAGCACAAAUAACUGGACAGUUUCUUCUCUGUGUUGGAACAUACAUGUUGCAACUGAUGGAUGAAUAUGAUGAAGAUGGCACCUGUGCAAGAACACAUCACAAGUAAUAACCACAGCUGCACUCCUGAUACUGGAUCCUUUUGCAUAAGGACAUUCUCUUGCCCAAGUUUGAUUGUAUCGAUGUUACAGUAGGGAGAUGUCCACUGAGGUGAACUAACAGUUUUCCCGUUUGGGAAUGCUUGUAGGCCUUAGUCAUAAAGUAAGUGUUUGGUGUUUGUAGGCUCUUAACACAGCUAAAGGAUGGGUGCCUAAUGUCUGAGAACUGGGCAAAGGAAGAGAGGGCAAGUUUUUACCCCAGCAACUCAAUAGAAAAUAAGAAUUCUUAGAAAUAUGCAUGCUUUGUAACCACUGGAUCCUUUUCUUGCACUGAUCAAAACAUGGUUUGCUUUUUCAUGGCUGUCUACUUGCCUUCUGAGCAGACAGGGCUGUGGUUGUUUUUGUUUUUAGUCCUUAACACUGCUGGUAUUAGUGUCCAGCUGGCACUGAGGUACAAAAGGGUGAAGUGUACUUAUUUACUACUUCUAACAAUGGAAAUAUAUAGUACAGCUGAAUCCUGGUUCAGUGACUGACUAAUCUCAUGAAUUUUAAUUGGAGAAAGUGCAACUGCUAUACAGAAGCUUAAAACUUAGCCUUACUUCCCUUAAAACAAGUUUUAAAAAAAUCAUGUAACACUUCAUAUUUUUCUUCAAAUAUACAGAAAGUUCUGGCGAGUAUAGCUUACACCAGUUGAAGAACAAUAUAUUCCUUCAAUGUGUCUGAUGUCCCCUUCUGCAUAAAGUAUUGAAUAACUUGCCACAGUUUCAUGCACGUGGCUUACAGGAAACCUCCUGAAGCUUCUUUCAGGUGUAAGCCUUUACUUUUGUAUUUUUUGCUCUUCAAGAUGACACUACAUCCCAAGCUGUACUUAAGGUGCGUGUAGCAUGAAUCUGGAAGAGACAUUGGAUUUUGAUGUCCCUGUGUUCAGGGGAGAGGAGCAGGACACUGUUGUGUAACAUGUAUAUGCUCUAAGCUGGAUAUUUGCAAUCUUACAGUCUACCAAGACAAGUUGUAUUAAAGGGCAAAGCUUUUAAUUUUUAGAUAAAAUUGUCCAUAAAGUUUUUAACAGCUUUGUGAACAGCUAAUAUGACCAGUUUCCAGUAAGGGUCUCCUUAACAGGAAGACAAACUAGAAAACAAGCAGUGGUGUAGGCAUCUUGUGUCAAAAUACAAACUCCCAUUGUUGAAGGGAAAAAGUCCAACUUCUGUUGUUCACAGGUAUCUUCUGAGAUUUUCAUUUGCUUUCUUAUGUUGAAUUUUAAUAAAUUAUUUUCUUGCUUAAGACUGAAA